AUGGUUAGAGUGGAAUUUAAUGUUAGACAGAUGGAAAAGGAAAUAAGGAAUACCAUCAAUCUCGUUCUGGAGUCGUUACAGCAACUGAAGCAAAAUUGGGAGAAAGUAGCAGAGGAAUCCGAAGCGCUGAAAACGGAUGUUAGAAAAGUGUUAAAUGAUAUUGAAGAGAAAGCAUGGAAGGAAAUCGAUGAUCUAAGAGCAGAGAAAGCAACCGCGUUGGAGGAGUACAGUGAAAAGAUAGUGAAACUUGAAGCGUUAAUCCUGGUACCAAAUAUCGCAUUUAAAGCCAGAAGCCCUGCUUCCAUUGACCUAGAAGAUAACACAGUGAUAGUGUUCACCAAGAACGUUGUAAACAUUGGAAACGCUUAUAACAACGCUACAGGGAUAUUUACAGCUCCGAUAGAUGGAACAUACCUUUUCACAAGUCAGCUUUGUCUCAACUCUGGAAAAUUUAUUACCUUCGGUAUAUAUAUUGAAGACGUGUUAUAUACUGUAGGUAGAUUCUACGAUAAAGAUUUCCCCAGCUGUUUUAAUAUCGAAACAACAUCUGCCAUGAAAGCUCACCAGAGGGCGUCAGUAAAGAGCUGGGUACGUCAUCAGGAAAUAUUCUCUUUGAAAAAGAAAACGAGAGACACAGUAUGUUUUCAGGGACUUUGA